UUAUAUUUGUUAAAAUUCAGAUAAAGCAAAAUUCAGAUGCACAGACAAACGUCAACUUAAUGACGAUAGAAAAGACCAAGUCCCAGGAUGAUAUACCUGAUGACAAUAUUGGAAAGAAAUUGAUGAAGUUAAUGGGUUGGAGCGGUGGUGGUCUUGGAAAAUCCCAGCAGGGUAUCAUGGAACCUGUGACGCUUAAACAACAGCUCAGCCGAGAGGGUUUGGGUCUGAAAUCAAGUUCCUCCAAUAUGCAUGAACUGAAAGCCAAAUGCAGGAUUGCUUUUAAGGAGUUCCUAAUGGGAGAUAUGCAAAACGAUAUAGUAUUUUCUACAGAUUUCACCAACGAUGAAAGAGCAAUGAUCCAUCAAGUCGCGCGUUCAAUGGGUCUUAAAUCCCGCAGCCAUGGCCCCUCAGAUCAACGGAAAUUGGUGAUCUCACGCAAGGUCAAUAUCCGGAGCUUAGUCGAGGAACUGAAGAGUCUGGGUGGAACUACCGAGAAAUAUGAGUUAAUAGAACCGACUUACUUAGAUGAUGAUGAAUUGGAUAGUAUUGUUGGAACUACAGAGAAAGACGAGUUGAUAGAAUCAACCAACUUAGACGAGGAAAUGAAGGAUUUUGAAGAGACCACUGAGAGAUACGAGUCGAUAAAACCAACUAGCUCAGUUGAGGAACUGGACAAAAGUAUGUGAAAAAACUGCUAUCAAUAAUUUUAGACGGAAGUUGCUUGUUCGAAACUACAUUGCUGCGUGGGAACAGCUUGGAAGUCUUAAAUUUGAAACCCAUCGGUAGUGAGGGUGACCUGUCUUCGUUCGAACAGUUGUCAAUUGUUUACUACGGACAAUUAACGUUUCCUCAUAGGGUGCGUUCGGAAAGCACGUCACCGCCACCAACGCUAUCGAGUUCUUUUAUUUUUAUCGCUUCUUAGUUAUACAACAAGAAUAUAAUGACAUAGCGCUAUGUAGUGCUAAUAAUGCUCCCCGAACGCACUUAAAACCGAGCGUUACGUAGCACUAAUGCUAACACGCGAAUUGAAGAAGGCACCAUUUUCUUCUCGCCAAAUAUAUCGGUCGAGCCUAUCACGUCUGAUCUGAUGGUGCAACAGUGAAACACGUCGGAUACUUCGUUAGCAGUAAAGGUGUUUCUAAGCACAGUUACACUGGCGAUCGUGACUGUGACUUUGCACGACUCCCUUUUCCUCAAUCGAAUGACACGUAUCCAGCUCAAAGGACCAAAUUUCAUAUGUACAUGUAACGCGUAUAAUUUUCGCGGUCAAUGCGAACUUACUAUUUUUAAUUAUUGCCAGUGAUGAUCGUCGGGAGAAGAUCGAGGACAAAGCAAUAAAAGUUGACUACACGAAUAGUAUACCUAGCAUUUCUGCGUUAAAUAUUUUGAAUUGAAUAUAAAGAAAUGUUAACGAUUUAAAUCGUGUCGACGAUAAUAAUAACAACGGACUCUCGAACUAUAUAGUACACCGGCGAUCAUCUCGAAAGAUAAGACGUUGACGCUUCGUCACUGGAUUAUUGUUUAUUUUCCGGAGUCUUGUUUCUAUUAUGGGUUUUUUACAAUAAGCUAUUAGUCAUAAGCCGCAAGCAAGUUGGCCAAUCACAGUCGAUUAUUUUCAAAAACAAUCUCGACUGUGGUUAGUCAAUUUGUUUGCGGAAGGCAAACAAAUAUUGUAGAAGGCCCAUUAGUCUCCCUAUAAAAUAGAAGCAAACUAUUUAUCACUCAAAAUGGCAUAUUUGUAUUUAUCACAAAUUCUGUAAUAAAAAUUAGUACAUACUUAACAAUGACUUAUUAUAUGUAAAAGAAAAGUGUUAAGAAUUAUAUAGUUUUUCAAAAAUGUAAAAUUUGUAAUUGAGUUGCUUUGCAACCUCACAAGAUAAUGAGUGCGAUUGGUUCUGCCAUUUUGGGAGGCUUACGAGUUGAUUCAAUGAAAAAAAAUUCGACCAGGGUCUUGAUCCUCGAAAAUAUAUUAUAUAAGAUAUUUCAUGAAAAGCUAUAGUUUAUAUUACGUACACUAUAGCUUUUCUCUAAAUAUCAUAUACAAUAUAUUUUCGAGAAUCAGGACCCAGAUCCCAUUUUCUUGAGCAGAGCUUGACAAGCGAUGUAUUUUCUGGUCGAUUCUGAGGUGUCCUUGUCUCCCAUCGUUCUCCUUGUCUCGUUGCGCUGUGUGCAGCCAAUAAAUUAUUAAAGCUUCAGGAAUGUGGCUUUCGCACGUUGUACAAUAAGGUUUGUAGAGGAACGAAAAAUAAAAACUUUUUUAAAGAUA